AAUUAAUGCUAGAUUUUAAUAUUUUAUUAUUCCAUCCUUUUAGGCUGAACCCAGGAGGAGAGAGAAACUGACAGAGAAUAGAAAAUAUACUCAAAAGGAAGUUUGGGUCUCUCAGUAGUUGAAGAUUUGAAGCCUAAAGUUUGCAGCUUUCAGUAUCACAUCAUCUUCAAAAAGAUAUAAAUAAAAAGUGCUGAUAUUUGACCCACCUUUUUUUAUAUAAUUUUACAGAAGAUAAGCAUUUUGCUAGCUGAAUUCUUCAACUCCUUUGCGUUUUUCAUUCUGGGUCCUGCAAAUGCUGGUUAGACUUGGGACUCUUAAUUUAUUCUGAGGAACAUAAACUCAACCAGAAAUCUUUUUGAGUCUUAUGCAUGUCUGACCCUGUGGCAAUUGCUGAAAAUGGGAGAGGAGCAGUAUUGUGUCCAGCAAGAACUCAAUCUCUUGAUCUAAUUGCUUUGAAAGUAAAAGACAACAUUGGUACGACAUCAAAUGGGGACCUCUCUCGUACAUCUUCUACGGCUUCUGGAUUUCGGGUGGGAGAAAUCAUCCUACCAAAUGGGGAAUCUUAUUCAGGGUCAUUGCAUGGAAAUGUGCCAGAGGGUUCUGGGAAGUAUGUCUGGUCAGAUGGUUGUGUUUAUGAAGGUGGGUGGAGAAGGGGGAUGAGACAUGGGUGUGGCAAGCUUAGCUUUCCCUCCGGAGCAGUUUAUGAGGGCGAGUUUUCAGGUGGUUAUAUGAGUGGCCAAGGAACAUAUACAUGGCCAGGUCGUUUGACAUAUAAGGGUCGAUGGAGACUUAAUGUUAAACAUGGAUUGGGAUGUCAAAUUUAUGCCAAUGGUGAUGACUUUGAGGGUUCCUGGAUGCAGGGAUCGCCAGAAGGAAAUGGAAAAUACACAUGGGCUAAUGGAAAUGUUUACUUGGGAAGUAUGAAAGGAGGGAAAAUGUCUGGAAAAGGAAGCCUUACUUGGAUUAAUGGAGACAUGUUUGAAGGUAGUUGGUUGAAUGGAAUGAUGCACGGUUUUGGAGUAUAUACAUGGAGUGAUGGUGGUUAUUAUGUGGGAACUUGGACACGUGGGUUGAAAGACGGGAAGGGUGCAUUUUAUCCAAAUGGUAGCAAACUUCCAGCUGCCCAAGAACUUUACUUGGGUGCUUUAAGGAAACGAGGUGUAUUACCAGAUUUAAGAAAACAGAACCAGGUAUCUCAUCUUCAUCAAGCAUCCACAGUGAACAUGAGAAACGUCAAGGUUGGUAGGAGCCGUGAAUCUCGUCGUCAUCCAUCUGACAAGUUUUCCAAAGGAAACUUACUAAACUUAGAGCAAUCCCGUGAGAAAAACAUAUCUCUUGAGAGACGUUGGAGCUUGGAGGUUGCAAUUGAGAAGGUUAUUGGACAUGAUACAUCAUCUGUUUUAUCUGAAUCUGCUGCAGAAGGCAGAGAAAAAUCGCCUCAGACAAAUAUUCCUAUCGUUGAGCGGGAGUAUAUGCAAGGUGUUUUAAUCAAUGAGAUGGUUGUUAAUAAUUCAUUUUCUCCAAGGUCCAAAAAAGCUAAAAGGAGGCAAAAGAAACUAGCAAAGGAUGUUAAGAGACCAGGUGAAGCAAUUAUUAAAGGUCACCGAAGUUAUGAUUUGAUGCUCAGUUUGCAGCUUGGGAUAAGAUAUACUGUGGGAAAGAUCACCCCCAUACAAAGACGAGAAGUUCGAGCAUCUGAUUUUGGUCCACGUGCAAGCUUUUGGAUGGAUUUUCCUAAAGAAGGGUCGCAAUUAACACCCCCUCAUCAAUCUGAUGAUUUCAAAUGGAAAGAUUAUUGUCCGAUGGUUUUCAGAAAUUUGAGAGAGAUGUUCAAAAUAGAUGCUGCUGACUACAUGAUGUCCAUCUGUGGAAAUGAUGCCCUGAGGGAAUUGUCAUCUCCUGGGAAAAGUGGUAGUGUCUUUUUCCUCUCUCAAGAUGAUCGCUUCAUGAUUAAGACGCUGCGGAAAUCUGAAGUAAAGGUCCUUUUGCGUAUGCUUCCUGAAUAUCACCAUCAUGUGCGUACAUAUGAUAACACACUUAUUACCAAGUUUUUCGGCCUACACAGGAUCAAACCUUCUAGUGGUCAAAAGUUUAGGUUUGUGGUGAUGGGAAAUAUGUUCUGCACUGAAUUAAGGAUUCAUAGAAGGUUUGACUUAAAAGGAUCUUCCUUAGGGCGCUCAGCUGAUAAGGUUGAAAUUGAUGAAAACACCAUUCUUAAAGAUUUGGAUUUAAACUACAGCUUUUACUUGGAGCCAUCUUGGAGGGAGGCACUAUUGAAACAGAUUGAGAUUGAUAGUAAAUUCUUGGAGUCUCAGCACAUUAUGGAUUACAGUCUUUUGCUAGGAGUGCAUUAUCGUGCUCCUCAGCACCUUCACUCGAUGAUGUCUCGUAGUAUGGGCAUGAAUUCAGAUGGAUUGGGUGUUGUAGCAGAAGAAGAUGGACAUCAUCUGAUGGCAGAUACUUGGGAUGAUGGCAUGUUUGCUUACCCACAAAGCCUUGUUCUUGUUCCACGUGGAGAUGAUAGCAGUGUCGUUGUGGGUUCUCAUAUUAGAGGCAGUAGAUUGCGUGCAGUUUCUGCUGCGGGUAAUGAAGAAGUGGAUUUGCUCCUUCCGGGCACAGCCAGGCUUCAAAUCCAGCUUGGAGUGAACAUGCCAGCAAGAGCGGAACGCACUUUAGAAGAGUCUGAAUCAACAUUUCUCGAAGCUUAUGAUGUCGUCUUAUACUUGGGUAUAAUUGAUAUACUACAGGAUUAUAACAUGGGCAAGAAGAUCGAGCAUGCGUAUAAGUCUCUUCAGUUCGAUUCAUUGUCCAUAUCAGCAGUCGACCCAACAUUUUACUCAGAACGCUUCCUAGGUUUUAUUCAAAAAGUUUUCCCGCCUUUGACUCAGAGUUGAACAGAUCACAGAUGAAUGUCAAGUCAGUUGUUGUACACCAAAAUGAUCAAAUUCAAAAAUGGAAAAAAUAAAAAGAAACAGGGCUAGGUUACUGAUUUCUUAUAGAGUUUUUUGUUUUUAUUUACUUUUUCUUUAUUGUAAAUCUGGUGAAUGUCAUUUCUUGUAUUGAAGUUGGGUAAAGAGUGUUCAUGUAUGUACUUGAUGGGAUUUGUCAUCUGCUUCA